AACUGACUCUUCGGCAAUGUUCAUGUGUAAACGAAGAACUUGUCGAGAGGUUAUCAGGGGUCGUGGAGAGUGUCCAUUGGGACGCUGUGAAGUUGUAGUGGUUAUGCAUUCUGAUAUCGAUUGGUGCGCAGAAUCUGGUUUCAGAUUCGAGCCGAUUUCUAUACCCUAUGCUUGCGUGCCUUACAUUACGAUACGGAACGCAAGAGAGUAGGAGGUUUUCGCUCCAUGCUUUCGAGUUCUAAUGUUAUCGUUCAUGUCGCAUCAUGUUGUAUAAUCCGGAGGCUGUAGUUCUCAACAGCGUUCGAAACGUAUAAACACCAAUGCGACCAUGUAGACAGCAGGUCUUCAUUGAGCUCUGCACUCCGGCUUUCUUUAAACACGACACUCCUUUCCGUCUCGGCUCCUGCUCUAAGCCCCAAGAAACCACAUACCUCCUGAAGAUAACUAUGAUUUCCAUGACCACAUGUAUAGCUGCUAUCGGUCUCCUCGCUGCAGUAGAUGCAGCACUCACGCCCGACAACCUCGUUGCUCCAUCCAUCUCUGGAGCUCUUAGCGCUCUCAAGUACUCUCAUGUCGGAGGUCAAGGUACAUAUAACCAAGUUACCAAGAUGAUCAUGGGCGAAGGACUCUCUUGUCCUGCCAAUCCUUCGUGCGUCACCACGCCGAAGGAAGUCAGUGGAAACCUCGCGCCAUUUAACGAGGAGCUGACUUUCGCCUUGCGUGGUCCAUUUGACGUUUUCAAUAUCGCGGUUUACCAACCGGGGAAUGCGUCGGCAGCAACAUGGAAGAGAACGAGUUCUUGGGCGGUAGGAUCUCAGCCUGAGAAUCUUGUUUUCAUGAAUAACAAAGGUGGCGAUAAAAGUGGAGAGUGGGAUGCUUGUAACGGCAAUAGCCAGUCCUAUGCAAACGGGGAUUGGACCGAUGCUACAACGGCUCCUAACCAAGAAACCUACACCGGUCAUUUAUCCGGAACCAACGAAGUGAACAUUGUAACCGCCACGCAAUGCAAGGAUGUCCCAUGCGAUGGUUUUAGCAGAGGAACUGCUAGCCAUGGGUGGGCAGACUCCAAGCUCUUCGUUGUCGACUUCGAUAUGCCUUCCAACGGUACACAGAACAUGCCCGCCAUUUGGGCACUAAACUCCCAAGUUACCAAUUCCGCCCAAUACGGGUGUAACUGUCGUGGUAUGGGAGGAGACGGGGGGUGUGGCGAACUCGACAUCCUCGAGAUGCUUCCCUCCAAUACCAAACAGGGCAUCACCGAACUAUACUCCUUCAAGGGAGCAACAGGCUCGGGUGAUGGAGAUUUCUUCCCUCGUCCCGAUGGCGGUCGUGCCACGUACAUGGUGAUCUUUGACAUGCAGACGGAUCAAAUCGUCAUUCAACGUCUGGAGAGUUGGGAUUACUCGCAGACGCAAGUGCCCAGGAGCAUGAUAGAUGGAUAUCUAGGUGCACAGGCCAAGUUAGUUUCCUUUGCAACCAAUGCUCGUCGUGCUGAACGACGAAGGCCAUUUAUGCGUGCACAUCGCGAGUACCACCACUAGACACCAGUCUCUGGUUCUUUCGGGUGAUCUGGGUGACACUUCGUUUUGUCAGGGUCGACGAGAUCGACAUCGCCGAAUUCAACCGCUGGAGACGGUUCAUGUCCUCGUACCCUCCAUUACACAAAUGUCCAAGUUUGAACAUUAUGUGCUAAGCUUAAUCGAACCCAUUCAGAUCUUGAGCCACAAAAUGCGCAUGGCGCACGGUAUAGAAAUAGUGUUUCACUGGCUUUGACUGUCGCUCUGACUGAAAUAAGGAGCUUGUGUCUGU